AUGCCGUCAUCUGUGUACAGAGACUACAGCGAGAGCCGUGAGAAUGUGGACGUGCUCAGCAACGGGGAGGGUGACGAUCGCAUCAUCGACGGUCUCCGCUACCCGCGUCCGGGGCGCCACAUUGAUCAGCUCGGGUUUGAGAUGACCACCCACGGAUUGCAUUUCCACGGCUCUGAUUGGGAUAUCCCGCUGGCGAAGAGGCGUGAUGAGCUCACCAAGUCCUUUAUGCAGGAUUCCAUGGAAGCCACAGGCGAGCCGGAGGAGAACAUCCGUAACCUUCGCUUCACUGUGACGCCGACGCACCUUGACGCUAAGCUAACGGUGCGCCACAAGAUCGAGGUGUCAAAGUCUGCGGUGCACAGAAUGCUGACCUCCGCCAAGUGGGCGCAUGUGAAGGGGCUCUAUGAGCCUCGGCAGAAGAUGCGUCGGCCGAAAGAGCCCGCCAUGGCCCAUGCCCGCCAUGGGGGAGCCCACGAAGAGCAGCCAAUGCUUGGUACGAACCGUCGGACACCUUCGCACAACCUUAGUUUCUUUGGUCGUGCCAACGUCGGUGCCAAUGGCCCUGAGUUCGAGGACCACGCCGACGAUGGCGAGGAGCCCGCCGCGUACGAGAAUCAGCAGAACGCGAAGGCGGAGCGCACCACGAGUGGCCUUUACAUCGCCGUCGGCCUUCGUGCGUAG